GUGAGUAGCUCACGAGAACGUCUCCUCGAAAUUAGAACAACAGUGUGUCCCAGACGCGUGCACAGUGUGUGCGGAAGCGAAGAAAGGAAAACCGGCCAAAAGUUCAACGCACAGCUGGGCAGAGACAUGUUCGCCAAGGCCACCACCAACCUGGUGUCGGAGAUCGACCCGGACGGCUCGCUCAUCCCCGUGCGCCGCCUCAACGACUCGGACAAGCUCAGUCCCCUCGCUCUGGUCAUCAAGCGGAACCGCUUCUGGUUCUGGCAGCGACCCAAGUACCUCCCGACGGGGUUCACUCUCAACGAUUUACUCACUGGAAACCAGACCAUCGAACCAGUGGUGAAGGUGACGGACUUCCUCAAGUACUCGGGGACCUUCGGGGAUAAGAUGGGCACCCUGGUUGAGACGGGUGUGGGCGUGGCCAACGUCUCGCUGGAGGGGAGGAGCUCCGCCAAACUGCAGUCCAGCUUCGGAAGCCUCCGGAAGGAGGAGCUGGACGUCCGCAAGCUGCUCCAAGACUCCAAACACAAGGUGCUGGACCUGGAGCAUGAUCUGAUGGAGCAGGUCCGUGAGCAGCGCCGGCGUGUGUUUGGGCUGGUGAGGGAGCGGGUCUCCACCGUGCAGGAGUGUGUCGUGUGUGAGGAGGUGGAGGACAGCGGGACCUGCAGUGGCCUCUUCGGAGUACUCACACCUGCCAAGAUCAAGGUGUCGGUGAAGCAGAGUGGGAAUCUGGAGUAUGACAGUAACGUCUCUCUGACCAUCCCAGCCAACACCACCCUCUUAUACAGCCUGAUAGAGCUAGAGGUUAAAGCUAAUGGACAAUACGAGCUGUGUUUGCUGCAGGACUUCCGGGGGGGGUUCGAGUCCGACUCUGACUCCGUGGACACGGUUGAGAAGGGGGAGCUGAUCACCGUCUCCAUGGGGACCGGAUUGCAUUCACAUAAAGGACCCCUGCUCACAGAUCUAGAGGGAGUGUGCAGACAGCUGUCUCCUUUGGCCUGUGAGCCGGCGGGCACUAGGACCGCUCUGCUGCAGCGGCUGUCUGAGCUGAUGGAGGAGCGGGUGGCACUAGAUCAUCUGGAGCAGGCGCUGGAGGAUCUGUGUAGUGGUGUGACCCCUGACCUCGGGUCCUUGGAUCAGGACCUGAAAGCCCAGGUGAUGUCAUUCCUCGAGCUGCUGCCCCAGGCUGAGGGGGGGCAGACGGACACCUCACACACCCCCCUCCUCACGGCCGCCCACCUGCUGGUCAGCGCUCUGGAUGAAAUGUCCGAUGAGGCGCUCUCUGCUCUCUCCUGCUGUUCCCCUCCAGUGCUGCAGGCUUUACAGCAGCUGGUGUUGAGGUUGGCGUCUGAGGGGGCGUGUUCUCCAAUAGACCCCGCCCUGGCUCAGGAGGAGGUGUUCCAGCGUGUGAAGCGUCUAUUCGCUGCUUCAGCUGUCAAUCUGCUCAGAGAGGAGGGAACUCUCAAAGCAGGAGGCGGAGUCUUGACAGGGCACCUCCCACUGGUUAUGGGCAUUGCUGUUACAGGAUUGGCUGCUUUGGGAGGAAGCAGGUGAGGAGGAGAGAUAAGGAGAGGAGGAGGAAGAGGAGAGGAGGAGAGAUAAGGAGAGGAGGAGGAGA